UCUUCUUGGUCAAAUACAUCAUUGAUAGAGGGUACAAGAAUGAGGACUUCUUUAAAGAUAAAGGAAUCAAAUACAUUAAGCCAACCUUUAUAUUUGGAAAUUCAUCAAAUCUUGUAUUGAGGAAGAAACCCAUCCUUGAGUUCUUCAAAGAUUCUUGCCUAGCCAUGCCCAAUGAAAAAUUGAUUGGAAUGUUUGAGUUCAGAACACCUUUUGUUUUGGUAAGGGACCCGGAACUUGUUAAACAAUUGGCUGUAAAAGAGUUUGAUCAUUUUUCGGAUCACCGAACUGUUAUAGCAAAUGACGCUGACCUUAUCUUUGGAAAAUCUUUGGUUGCCCUUCAGAGUGACGAAUGGCGCGAUAUGAGGGCUACACUUAGUCCAGCCUUUACAGGAAGCAAGAUGAGAUUGAUGUUUGAACUCGUGUCUGAAUGUGCUAACCAAAUGGUUAAUUUUGUCACGAAAGAAACAAAGGCUAAAGGUGUGCAAACUUACGAGAUGAAGGAUUUCUUUUCCAGAAUGGCUAACGAUAUUAUCGCAACAUGUGCUUUUGGUAUUCAAGUCAAUUCCCUUGAACAUCAAGAUAAUGAGUUUUACGUGAAGGGCAAGGACAUGAUGAAUUUCACGAAGCCACUCAGAAUAAUCAAGUUUAUGAUCUUUAUGGUGUUUCCACAAUUGCUCAGCUUUCUCAAAAUAAAAUUGGUACCAGAUAGCUUGACCGGAUACUUCAAAAGCGCUAUCGUUCAAGCUAUGAAUUAUCGCGAAAAGAAUAAGAUUAUUCGUCCGGAUAUGAUCAAUUUGCUGAUGGAAGCAAAGAAGGGUAAUCUAUCUCACCAAGAGAACGAACAUGAUUCCGGUGGAUUCGCCACAGUUGAAGAGUCUGACAUUGGAAAGCGAAUAGUCAGAAAAGUCCUUUCAGAGGAAGAUAUUUUGGCACAGUGUUUUCUCUUUUUCUUUGCGGGUUUUGAAACAGUAUCAACAGCCCUAUCCUUUCUCUGCUACGAGCUAGCCGUGAACUCUGACAUUCAGGAAAGACUGUUCCAGGAAAUCUUCGAAAUCAGCCAAGAACUUGGGCAAAAUUCUUUAAACUACGACACGAUUCAGAAGAUGAAGUAUAUGGAUAUGGUUGUUUCUGAAACUUUGAGAAAAUGGCCUCCAGGACUUGCUACCGAUAGACUGUGCACGAAAGAUUUUUUUUUGGAUGAUGGUAAAGGUUUGCAGUAUAAGUUCAAUAAGGGCGAAUUCUUCAUGAUCUCAAUGGUUGGAUUUCAUCAUGAUCCUAAGUAUUUCCCUAACCCAGAUAAGUUUGAUCCUGAGAGAUUCAGUGAUGAAAACAAGCAUAAAAUCAUCUCUGGAACUUACUUACCCUUUGGAAUUGGUCCAAGAAACUGUAUCGGGUCACGCUUUGCUCUCAUGGAGGUAAAGGCUCUCAUUUAUUACAUCCUCUUGAACUUUAAGAUCGAACCUAAUGAGAAGACUCAGAUUCCUCUGAAACUGACUAAUGAACCUACAUUGAAAGCAGAAAAGGGUAUUUGGGUUCAGCUUACUCCGCGACUGAGAGAAUGAAUAUACUUGUCCAAUGGUUUUGUAAGCUUUUC